AAUUGCUCAGGAAAUCUGCACACUCUUGAGGCGACGCAGAAUCGCGACCGUGCGGCGCAAGGAUAAACCUGCAGAAGGGGGAGUUUUUGAUUGGCUGGGCAUGGGAGCAGGGUGGCGCGGGGGCCUCCGCCUGCACGUUGGCUUGGCCGCCUGCGUGUGGUAUCCGUUUCUGCUUCUUCGGCACUACGCUACCGAGUUCCCAACCAUCGUAUUUCGCACCUUAGCUCACCAGCAUUCAUUCCCGCCGUAGGAGGCUAUCUAUGUUUCGGGGGGUGUAGUCAUGCGGAGCGAAAGCAGUUAGUUGUGGAAUUUGGGGAGAGGGCUUACUUGUCGAAAGCGCUCCCCCUCCCGUGGUGUGGCACCGCUCGCUGCAUUUCGUUGGUAUUCGGUCGUUACUUGGCUCGGUGUGACGUGGAGCAGCCAAGCCGACAACAUUCAUUUUUACCAGUGGCGGGGUACGUCAUGCAUGCGUGUAUGCUGUCGAAGAUUCCACCUGAUUUGUCAUCGGUACAGUACCAUGUGUUUUUGAAAACUCGUGAGAUAUAUACAUUUUUUCUAAAGCAUGUGUGUGUUCGUUGUUUGAGAUCUGAGGAUAGUUGUAGGGCAGUUCGUGGGUUAGACGGCCGGGGCUGGGUGUUGUUUUCCUCUGCUGAGGAGGCCAGCGGGGUGAUUCUACGUAGCCCCGGUCUGGUGGGGUGCGUUGUUUCCUCUGCGCGAAGGGGGGGCGGAAUGCUGAUAAAUACAUGGUACAUCCUGUUUCGUCGUCUUUCGCUGGAGGUACCUUGUAUCUCUCGCUGCCGUUCUUGAGAUUGUAUUUAGCAAAAACAUGCUUUCUUUUGUU